AUGAAACUAAAUUUGUUUGUCCUGGUGUUAAUUAUAUUCGAGGUGUCCGCAAAAUUAAACAAAACAGGAGAAAAAGGAAUAUUCGAUUUCUUGUUUAACGGGUGCAAAAAAUGCAAAUGUGGAAUUCCCAAUCGUGACUCCCGUCUUUUGGGUGGCGAAUAUUUAAGAACGUACGAAUUUCCAUGGAUGAGCAUAAUUAAUUACAGAGGUAGCGUUUCCCCUGGGGUACUUAUUAACGACCGCUAUGUUUUAACAGCCGCUAAUCAAGUUAUUGGGCUGUCCCCACUCGACAUGAAAGUGACUCUUGGGGCUUUUGAUAGAUGUUUUCCGGAUCAAAAGUCUACCAACGUAAGCGUUGAUAAAAUUAUUGUGAAUCCCGCUUUCAGUCCAGGAAAUAGAGCCAACGACUUGGCACUAAUACGACUUAGUAGCACAGUUGUUUUUGAACAAAGUAUAUCACCUAUUUGUUUAUCCGCCCCCGGUUUUAAUUAUUUGGGACAAGUAGCAACUGUGGUAGGUUGGGCGGAAGCCCAAACAGUGGAAGGACCCGUUAUCGCAUCUUGCAGGCCAAGAAAAAGUGGUCUUCCAGUUUUGGGACAUGAUGAAUGUUUAGGAACUGCUGCUGAUCCACAAUAUUACAGUGCAGAUAAAGGAUGUGUUGGAGUUAUUGGUGCUCCAAGCGUUGUUUGCAAUAUUGAUGGUGGAGGACCAGUUAUGUAUCGUUCGCAUGCUGGGGUGUACGAACUCAUUGGAGUACUGUCUGAUCAAAAUGAUUGUAGUCCAAGACCAAGUACAGCUUUAUAUACCAACAUCAACCAACAUUUACAGUGGAUAACUGAAAACACCAAAGAUGCAUGUUACUGCUACAAAACAUGA